GGGCCGGCACCGCAGCACUCCGCAUUCCCCACCCCCCCCCCUCAAGGAGGGAAAUUUCAAACCCAGGCUGGGGGCAGGGGCCGUUGCCCUGCUUACCGGCACCCCCUGGACAGGGGGCUCAGGUUGCCCGGCGACACCAGCCCGGGGUGGCCUCGGUGUCCUGCACCCAGGGCCAGUGGUGCUGGGUGGCCCCUGCCCAUCGCAGCCGGGUGGCACCCUGAGCCAGCGCAGGGCUGCCCAGAGACCUCUGUGCCUGUGCCAGCAGUGGUGGCCCACUGGCUGUGGGACUGCCCAGCAGCCAGCCAAGGGGGACUGCGGAGGGGUAGCCCAGUGCCUGGUGGGUGUCCAGGCCGGGGCGGCCACCGUCUAAGCACCAGCGGGGUUUGGGAGGUGUUGGGUGGUGGCUGUGAAGUGUGGCAUGGGGCCCAGGAUGGCGAGGGAGAGUUGCCUUCUGCGGUGGUAGCGGUGGGUCGGACGCUCGGGAGCAGGAAAGGCUGGUUCCCCUCCAGGCUGUGAAUGGAAAGGGUGAGAGGAGGAUCAAGGACGGCAGCAAUCACUGGCGCUGCUAGGAGAGAGAGAUAGACAGAUAGCAAGAGGAGCAGGAGGAGGAGGAAGAGGCGGAGGAGAGAGCAGUGGCAGGGAGACAAUCCACUCAGUCAUACAGGCAGCAGAAACAACCUCCUUACCUCGUACUGCAAGUGGUUUGGGGGCUUUUGAAUGUGGCUUGUUCGAAUAAAAGGCGGAGCAGGAAAGGCAAGUCUGAGGUGAUAUAGGGAGAGAGAGAUGAAUCCUGCUUUUUUUGGAUGCCGGCGUGCGUUUUAAUUUAUGGUCUUUGAUUCUGUUUUUUUGUAACCAAAAUAUCUCGACUGGAGGUGGAUUCUGUGAAAGAAUCAGUGGCUGGGCUUGCCAGCCUUUCCUUUUUGAGCAGACAUCCUAAUUUUGCCUCUUGUGGAGCUUUUCUUUGAUAAAGGACCUUUCCAGGGUAGCUCGUGCAUCUGACAAAAUGAAGUCUUUGUAUUUUUCAGUCAGUUAUACAUAAUACUGGCAUCCUGUUUGGUACAGGGGACUAAAGUGCUGCCUCACUCUUAAGGAACAGCAGUGACUUUUUUUUGCUUCAUGUAACUGAACGUGUUAAGGGACAUUAUUUCCCUACCCCCAAAUCCUUCUAAAGAUUUUUUCCAAAAUGAAGAAAUUUAAUUUCCGCAAAGUUUUGGAUGGUUUAACUGCCUCAUCACCUGGCGGCAGCAGCGGUGGUAGCAGUGGCAGUGGUGGUGGUAGUGGGGCUGGCACUGGCUCCAUGCACUCUGGAGGGACUGCAGGGGCUGCAGGGACUCCCAGAGAGGAAAUCCAGGAGACCCUCAUGUCGGAUUAUUUCCAGAUUUGUAAGACAGUACGCCAUGGUUUUCCUUAUCUGCCCACUGCCUUAGCAUUUGACCCAGUUCAGAAAAUUCUGGCUAUUGGGACAAGGACAGGAGCCAUACGAAUUCUUGGUAGACCUGGUGUUGAUUGCUACUGCCAACAUGAGAGUGGUGCCGCAGUACUGCAGCUCCAGUUCUUAAUCAACGAGGGUGCCUUGGUCAGUGCAAGUGCAGAUGACACACUCCAUUUGUGGAACUUAAGACAGAAACGGCCAGCUAUUCUUCAUUCUCUGAAAUUUAACCGAGAACGGAUUACUUACUGCCAUCUACCUUUCCAGAGUAAAUGGCUCUAUGUUGGUACAGAAAGGGGAAAUACGCACAUUGUUAAUAUUGAGUCCUUCAUUCUUUCGGGAUAUGUCAUCAUGUGGAACAAGGCCAUAGAACUAUCCACAAAGACUCACCCUGGCCCAGUUGUACACCUAAGUGAUAGUCCAAGAGAUGAGGGGAAAUUGUUAAUAGGCUAUGAAAAUGGGACUGUAGUGCUCUGGGACUUGCGAUCGAAAAGAGCAGAUUUAAGAGUUUACUAUGAUGAGGCUAUUCAUUCUGUUGCAUGGCACCAUGAGGGGAAACAGUUCAUGUGCAGUCACUCUGAUGGCAGCUUGACACUGUGGAACCUGAAAAGUCCUAGCAGACCAUUCCAGACAACAAUUCCUCACGGAAAAAUUCAGAGAGAUGGAAAAAAACCUGAGUCUUGUAAACCAAUUCUUAAAGUAGAGUACAAGACCUGUAAAAGCAGUGAGCCGUUUAUAAUCUUUUCUGGUGGACUGUCUUAUGACAAAGCUUGCCGAAGACCAAGUUUAACCAUCAUGCACGGAAAAGCAAUUACAGUGCUUGAAAUGGAUCAUCCUAUAGUUGAAUUUUUAACUCUUUGUGAAACACCAUACCCAAAUGAAUUUCAAGACCCCUAUGCUGUAGUUGUGUUACUGGAAAAAGAUCUCAUUGUUGUUGACCUGACACAAAGCAAUUUUCCAAUCUUUGAAAAUCCUUAUCCUGUUGACAUUCAUGAGUCACCAGUUACCUGCACAGAAUAUUUUGCCGACUGUCCUCCAGAUUUGAUUCCUGUACUCUAUUCUGUAGGAGCUAAACAUAAAAAGCAAGGAUACAGCAAUAAGGAAUGGCCCAUCAGUGGGGGAGCGUGGAAUCUUGGAGCACAAACCUAUCCUGAAAUUAUUAUUACAGGUCAUGCAGAUGGAUCAAUAAAGUUUUGGGAUGCCUCCGCCAUAACUCUACAGAUGUUGUACAAGUUAAAAACCUCAAAGGUGUUUGAAAAGCAGAAAUUAGGAGAAGGAAAAUCCACAGCUGAGAUUGUGGAAGAAGACCCUUAUGCCGUUCAGAUGAUGUACUGGUGUCCUGAAAGCCGGAUAUUCUGUGUGGCAGGAGUCUCUGCAUAUGUUAUUAUUUACAGAUUCAGCAAACAUGAAGUUAAUACUGAAAUAGCAUCAUUAGAGGUGCGGCUUCAGUAUGAAGUGGAAGAUAUCAUUACUCCUGAACCAGAAAUAAUUCCUCCAUUUCCAGAUGCCUCAUCCCAGCUUCCUUCCUUAAAGAACCUUUCAGGCAGUACCAACACUGUUGCUUGUGAAGGAAUGAUGAAGGACAGUAUCCCGUGCCUUAGUGUUAAGACUCGACCGGUACGGAUGCCUCCUGGGUAUCAAGCAGACCUUGUCAUUCAAUUGGUGUGGGUGGAUGGUGAGCCUCCACAACAGAUCACCAGUCUGGCCGUAAGCUCUGCUUAUGGAUUAGUUGCAUUUGGAAACUGCAAUGGUUUGGCUGUUGUGGAUUUUAUGCAGAAGACAGUGUUGCUGAGCAUGGGAACCAUUGACUUGUACGGGUCAAGUGAUCCAUAUCAGCGUCAGCCCCGUUCUCCUCGCAAAAGCAAGCAGUUCGCCGCAGACAACUUUUGCAUGCGUGGGCUGUCUAACUUUUAUCCUGAUUUAACGAAACGGAUCCGUACUUCCUAUCAGAGCCUGACUGAACUCAGUGAUAGUCCAGUUUCCCUGGAGCUGGAGCGCUGCAAGUCUCCUACAUCAGACCAUGUGAAUGGGCACUGUACGAGCCCAACAUCCCAGACUUGUGGGUCAGGAAAGCGACUCUCCAGUGCAGAUGUCUCGAAGGCCAAUCGCCGAGGACCAGGGAGGCCCCCAUUCAGAAAAGCCCAGUCUGCAGCCUGCAUGGAGAUUUCUUUACCAGUCACAGCUGAAGGUUACAUUUCCAGACGGGCAAUGCUUCAGCAAUUACAUGGAAUCAGUACAUUCUCACACGACGAGCGUCACUUUACUGCUUGCUCAUGGAUGGACAAAGAAAACCGAGAAAACUCCUUCAGCCGUUCCCGAAGCUCAAGUGUCUCCAGCAUCGACAAGGAGUCAAAGGAAACGAUCACAUCUUUGUACUUCAUGGAGUCCUUUGCCCGGAAGAAUGACUCUGCUCUCUCCCCCUGUCUGUGGGUUGGAACAGGCCUUGGUAUGGUCUUAAUCCUCUCCCUCAAUCUGCCACCUAAUGAUGAUUUAAGACUGACAGAGCCAGUCAUGGUGUCUCCGAGUGGUACGGUUCUGACGUUGAAGGGAGCAGUGCUGACCUUUGCACGCUUGGACUGCAUGGGAGCGCUGAUCCACCCGCCAUAUGAAGUGUGGAGAGACCCAAACAGCACAGACGACAAUGAGAAAACAAGAAAGAGGAAACUUGUCAUGCACUCCCCUUCCGCCUCCCAGGACAUGGGCGAGCACCAGUUUGCAGUUGUCUGCUCAGAGAAACAAGCCAAAGUCUUCUCACUGCCUUCCCAGACAUGCCUUUACAUUCAUAACAUCACAGAAACAUCCUUUCUGCUGCGAGCAGACGUGGUGACCCUCUGUAACAGCGUCUGCCUGGCUUGCUUCUGCGCCAACGGGCAUAUCAUGACACUGAGCCUGCCCAGUCUUCGCCCCAUGCUGGAUGUCAACUACUUGCCUGUAACGGAUAUGAGGAUAGCACGGACAUUUUGUUUCACCAACGAAGGGCAAGCUUUGUAUCUCAGCUCUCCCACAGAGAUCCAGCGGCUAACCUACAGCCAGGAGAUGUGUGACAACUUACAGGACAUGCUUGGGGAUUUGUUUACCCCAGUGGAAACACCAGAAGCCCAGAACAGAGGCUUUCUCAAGGGGCUGUUUGGAGGAAGUGGACAAAACUUUGACAGAGAAGAGCUCUUUGGUGAGGCAACCGCUGGGAAAGCCUCCCGGAGCCUCGCCCAGCUCAUCCCUGGGUCAGGCGGGAUCGAAGGAAUGAAAGGCGCCGCUGGGGGCGUAGUUGGAGACCUAGCUCGUGCACGCGUCGCCCUUGAGGAGCGAGGCCAGCGGCUGGGAGAGCUGGAUGAGAAGACGGCGGGCAUGAUGGCCAGCGCGGAAGCCUUCUCCAAGCAGGCCCACGAGCUGAUGCUGAAAUACAAGGACAAGAAAUGGUACCAGUUUUAGAUUUGCCAUGAAGCUGCACCUGGCCUGGGUAAGAACACUGUUCGGGGAUACAGAGCUUACUCCCAACAAUGCCAGUCAUUGGACAGAAGUAAAACUUUCUCCUAGAAAACGUUUUCCUGUUACUCAUCGGAUUCACCACCCCUGGGGGUCGUGGAGAAGUUUCACCAUCUGCAAGAUGGAGCCUGGAAUGGUAUUUAGUCCAAACACAUGUAGGUAGUAUUUUUCCAGAAGGAACUCAACAGUCACUUUGGCAUGUAGUUUUUCAGAAACUCUAGCUACGAACUGUGGGGAGAAUCUCUGGUUAAAAAUAUCUUGUACAAACUAGAAUGUUAAUGCACUUAUAAAAACAAAUAAAAAUUUGCAUGACGAAUUGACAUCCUAAAAGAAAAAAAACAAAACAGAAAAAGAAAGCAUGUUGUGACCUAAGAAAAAAUGGGAUUUAUUUCUAUUCUGAGCAAAAAAAUACUUAAAACAGCAAAAAUCUUUAUUUUUAAAAACCACAGUUCAAAAAGCCGGUACACUUGGAGCAUGGCCGCUGCUGCUCUCAAUAGAAACACGAGGUGAGCUUCAUUUUCUCAUUUGCUGCUAUUUUUUUCCCUUGGCAAACCUUAGCGUGCAGCCAGCAGCGCUGUUUAAUUCCUAGCAGAAGAAUAAACUAGCGUCAAAACCCUACGGCUAACACAUUGCUUUGUUCGGUGUCUAGAAAGGCCCCACUUGGGAUGUCACCUGAGCUUGAGUUCACAGCUUUUUUGCAGCCUGGAGGGUACAGGCAUUGCCAUUGUGCAGAGGCAGGGUUCUUGCUGGCUGGCCAUGUCCCUUGCUGGCUGGAUGUAUCGCAGUUGUCCUGCAGGGGUCUGUGGCAGUUCUCACCCUAGGAGAUUCUGAAUCACUUGGUUGCCUUGUUAGUCAGGCUGAGACGCAGAAGAGACUAUUAGGAAGUAAUUUCUGCUCCGGCUGGAGGAACUAGAGGGUGCAGUGCUGCAAGCUGCUGAGUCCUGUCACAUCCAAUAGACUGCAGCCGCUCAGCAGCUUGCAGGGAAGUUAAGCUAUACUCAGAUAAUGCUUAGGAAAUUGCCGGGUAACCCAAUUUAAAGCCAGCUGGAUACAGAACAAAGCAGCUAAGAGGCAUCUGCAAAGCCCUGCAGACUGAAUUGUGCACAGACCACUUCUUCCCCUGGCUUGUCUGGCUCUGCACCACUCCAAACCCUGCCAUGGGGAGCACAGCACUGAGGAGCCUGAGUCAGCAGCAGGGCCCCUCACCAGCACAGCCAGCAAGACAGUGGGGAACUUGGCCUCUUGUUUAGAUGGGGAAAGGCAAGCAGGUGUCACUGCAGUGAGCGACUCCCUGACUCCACUGGGGGCUCUUCCUUCCCCUUAUUGUGCACAUCUGACCUGCGUCUCUCUUGUAGCAUUUUAUCAUUGGUGCAUGAACAGAACACCUACUCUUUGACUCCUCUCGCUCCUGCUCUGUUAAAACCCUUUGCACCAUCAACAUGUCCACAACAGUCACAGGGGGAGUCAACUGUGGAGCUUACAGUCAGCUUAGAAAUGAGGUACCCAAGUCCUGUUUUCAGGCACGUGCACAAUGAGUAGGGAGGGAGUGUGGGAGAGAUACCUACAUUCACUCUCCCUGAAUGAUGGGCAAUAGCUGGUGCCCCCCAGGUAGGUGCAGCUGUAAAAUUUUGAUGCAGAGGCUGGCUCAGGCCUAGUCAAUGCUUUCCUUCAUACAGGUCUAUAUAGUGGACGGGGCACUGGUGGCCUCAGGACACUGUCCUAGAUCCUGCCUCUCCAUGGAAAGCACCACUCAGGCUCCCAUGCUUGCUCUCAGACCCUCUGUUCCUACUCAGCUCUUUGCUGCUCACAAGAGAAAAUUGCCCUUUGCGGUAUUUAACUGGGCUCCCGAACGCAGGGCUCACUCUUGCACAGGCUGCAGGAUUGAAGGAAACAGCCUAGGUCUGAGAGGCUGCUCAGCUCAGAUUCCUGUUACACCUGGAUAGGAAUUCAGCACCCUGCGGCCUUGGUAAGUCUCUUCACAGCUUAGAAGAGCAAGGCCGAGCCAAGUUACAGCUGACUUGGGCGAGCAAAACAAUAGCAGUCAGAGUGAGCACUGAAGACAUCACGGACACAGGCCUGGGCUUUGCUUAGCUCCAGUGCUCAGAGCUUAAUAACUUAGUGGCCCAGCACAUGGCAGACCACCAGGCUUGCAGGGGCAAGGCUCAUGGACUGGGUGGGAAAUGGUCUCCCUGGCCCUCACUUGCUGGGGGGAAACCAGCUGCUCCUUGGCACCUACAUCCCACAACUACCCUGCUAUGAAGUGCAGCAACAUCAGCAGCCUGAUGGUGUGGCCACCUCCACCGUGAGUGGUGCAUUUGCUCCAGGCUGAGCCACCAAAGCACUAAUACUCCUAGCAGCAAAAGCCCACUUCCCGCAGUGGACGCGUCCACCUCCCAAACCCACCCCUGGUAAAGCCCAUUCUUCCUAACCACACUGCAGGACUGGAGACAGCUUUUAUCCCUUCCCAGGGACAGGACAGGAGCACAGCCAUACAGACUGAGGAAAGUCCUUCUACCAGGCUCCGAGCUGUACCUUACCCCUGGUGUCCUAGUAUAAAGAGGACAGCUCUGGUCCGGGUUUGGUGCCAGGCUCACCAUCUCGACUGGAGUGCUGCAGCAACCAGAGACCUGGCAGAGGAGUGGGAGACCCACUCAGCUGGGUAGCAGUUAAUACUCAAAUGAUGGUAAGUGACUGGGCUGACAAGUAGUUCUAGGUAACUUCUCAGCUUGUUUCUCUGCGAGGCAGUGAUAGUGUUCUGUCCUUGCUUGCUCACUCCUGCAUCAGUUGCACCAACCCAAGAACAAUUUAAUAAUUAACUGCUACAGUGCGCCUAGAGGGAACCGCAUCUUCAACAAGUCAUUACGCCACACAUGACUUACUCUAGCUUACGCCGUGCUGCACAGGGAGGGGGGAGGCCACGCAGUAGCUCACAGUUUGCAUCUCCUCUUGACAGAAAAUCAACAAGAAUUUAGCAUCUUCCUCCAGCCCGAAUGUUUUUGCCUGUUUUGUUUGAGCAUCUUUUUCUCUAAAAUGCCCUCCAUGAGGUUACAGGUGCAUCUUGCUUUCCUCUCUUGCAUACUUUACAUCUUUCCAGACAGUUACAAAUGACUCCUUCUGUUAUGUUCAGCACUUGUGACUAUAACUAUAAAUUUUCUCAUAGUCUGUAGAGAUCUAAAAAGUUGUAUAUGUUUGUAUAUAGAAUGUUCUAUAUAUAUAAAUAUAUAUAUGUAAUGUAUAUGUUGUACAAGUUUGUUAGUGCACACUGUUAAAUGCUUUCUAUCGAGGUUUACCAUGUAUGUGAGAAAAGCCUUCACCUAAAAAAAAAAUGCCAUGAAAGAAGGAGAAGUCCUGGCUGGUUUAUUUCUUGUGAAAUGAGGGGGAGUGUGGGAUUUUUAAAAGGCCUGCCCUAAACAUUAUUAAAGGCUCUUUGUUAAUAUUGAAAGUAAUAAAAAUAAGCAUUCAAAAAAGUGACAAGCAGAGCAGAUGGUUUUCUUGCCGAAAGGAAAAUCAGGACAGCAAGCUCUUAAGGAAGGAUGUUGAAAUCACAUGUGCUUUUCACCUUUUCCACUAAAACAGCACCAGCUCAUGCAAAAUCCAACACUAAGGCACCUUCAGCACCUAAUUCACAGCUCAAAUUUGCAAACUAAUUAACGAGCACACCAUUGGCCAAUUCAAGAGGUUUUUAAUAUAAAUUUGUGCGAUUAAAAUUGCUUUCGUCUUCAGAUAGUGGCAUUUUUUGCUCUCAAAAUACAUAAAAAGUUCUCAUACCCACGCCAGACAACUCAAUCUAUGGAACCCUGCCAGAGAGCAUACAAGACGCACAUUUAUUUCUUACACACACUGCCGGUAGGCAGACUAUGUAGAGAAAAUGUAUUCAGACUCCUGACAUGCUUUGACAAUAAGCAAGUCUUCACCAUCUUAAGAAUGGUUCUAGAUUCAACUCCUAGAGGUAGAACAAUACAAAACUUCAAUCCUGAAUUUUAACAAAAAAUCCAAAGGAAAUUCAGCAGGCAGUCCAGGCUUUAGUUUGUAUAAUUACACUAGUUUUCUAAUGAGACUUCUUUUUUUUUUUUUUAUGUUCUUAUCUAUUUGUACUCGAGUCAACACGGUCCGACCACACUCCUGAAUAUAAAUCAGACUCUGUCUGACAAGACUAUAGGUAAUGGUCUAACACUGAAACAAUGAUACUCUGUUUAUUACACAUACUGUAUGAAGUUAACACCCAAAUAUCUGCUGUAAAAGAUUUUAUAUGUUCCUUUUUCAGAGGCCAUCUCACACCCAGUCCCUUAUGUGCACUAUAAUGAAUAUAGAGAGAAAAUUAUUUUUCAGUACACAAUUUAACAAGUGAAAAAACACUGCAGCUUGUGUAAGAGCUGCAUUCAACCUCAGGACUAUUCCGUGUAUAAAUUAUGUAUAUUUUGUCACAGGCAAAUGAGCAUCCUGUAACUGCACCCUGGGUCUCCCACGUCACAUUUCAAAACCUAAAGGUGAAUUCAAGCACAGUAUAUUUCAGGUCUUGAUUGUUUUUCCUUGGUACGGUCUCAGUAAGAACACACUCUCUCUCAUUAAUGAGCUACAUGUUUCCAUUUGUAGUCAACACUUCAUCUAGGUGUAAGAGCAAUAGUCCUGUAAAAGAGUGUUUUCAUUCAUGUGUUUUCUGUUAUGUGAUUAAUUGACAAAUCCAAAUAUUGUACCUUUUUAAUGAUGUCCAGUAUUCUGGCUCAGUGUCAAGGAAACGUGGACAAACUGUGUGUGGUUUUUGUUAACGAGUCCUCUCCUGUAUUUCAAAAUGAAGGCUAAAAUCCUGGGGGAAACCCCACUCUCCUGCUGUGCUAACCAUUUGCUGUUCAACAGGUAUCCGAGAUCAGCCUCACAAAGGUACCUUUGACUGAAGCUGUUCUGAGUCCCCAGUGAAAAAAAAAAUGGGUGGAAAGAAAAUAAAGGCAAGAAUUGAUAUUAA